AUGAGUGCCUAUGUCUACAUCGAGAAGGAUAAUGUUCAACUCAACUGUACCAAUACAACCACGUCCCCGAGACAAAGGCAAACCUUGACUGGGCAGACUAGUGGCAACGCUGAGCUUGCACAAACCCUCAUCGAGGCCAUCCGCACUAAGGGUUUCUUUUAUGUCACCAACUAUGGCAUUUCUCAAGAGGAGGUCGACACACAGUUCUCCCUAGGGCAACAGUUCUAUGAGCUUCCAUUGGAGGAAAAGGUCAAGUAUCAGCCAGACCUAGAUGCUGGUGAUUACAAUGGGUACAGACCUGCUGGUAGGCGUGUUCUUAGUGGGGGUAUUAAGGACAAGACUGAGGUUUGGAAUAUGGCCACCAACGAUGGUCACAUCACCCAACCCCUUCCUGAGCUCCUACAAAAGAACAAGACUUUGAUUGAAAACUUCUCCAAAGACUUGCACGACAAGGUCCUUGACCCACUUCUCCAUCUCAUUGCUAUCGCUCUUGAGCUACCAGCCGAUUUCUUUACCAAACUUCAUCAAUGGAACAUCCAUGACGAGUCUCACCUUCGAUACAUGAAGUAUUCCAAGUUUAGUCCUGAGGAGCGAGAGAAACUGAGUGAUGGUCUUUGGUCAUUGGGUCACACUGAUCUCGGCACCAUCACUCUUCUCUUCCGCCAACCAGUAGCAGCAUUACAGAUCAAAGACCACAAGACUGGUGAAUGGAAGUGGGCCAAGCCUCUUGAUGGUAGCUUGACCGUCAAUACCUGUGACGCGUUGAGUUUCUUGACUGGAGGUUACAUCAAGUCAACUGUGCACCGAGUCUCAGCACCACCUAAAGAUCAAGAGCAUGUCGAUCGUCUUGGACUUUUGUACUUUGCUCGCCCACAAAACGAUCUUAUUUUGAAGACAAUCGAUUCUCCCGUAUUGAAGCGUGCUGGAUUUACUCAGAAUGAAUUUGAAGCAGGAAACCAUAAAGUCCCUACUAUGGGCGAGUUUACUACCUUAAAGCAAACUUGGCAGCAGCGAAAGGGCAAGGUUUACAAGGAGGAGGAUGGAGCUGAGAUUCUACCAGGAUUCCAGGGCAAAUACCACGCAUAG